UGUUUGGGUUACUGUGCUCUCAUGACGCAGGUGUUUGGCUUCUUGCGCUCUUAUGACGAGUUUUGUCAUCAGACGUAAGCGCGCCUUUUAUGACAUCACGAGUAAUCCGGCGACAUUCCACAGCGUCAGUGUCAAGUGAAGCCCACAAUAGCUGUUCAGUUCCUUGUCGCAGCACGGAAGCUCAUUUGAGUUUCAGAUGAUUCUUUGGCUUGUAAUGGCGAAUGAUGAAAGAUUGAUCUAAGCCGACAAGUGUCUGCGAUCUCGCGUGAAACCAGCGCAGCUGUCACACACCUGGAGAUCUGAAGAGGAUGACGCGAAAAAUUGGGCACCGGUGGCAGGGGAGUAUUGAACUUUUAGAAACCAUCAGAGUUGUAAAUGAGAAUGGCUUUGAAAGCCCAUCUAUGCCACCAGUGCAAACUCCUCUGACGUUCGAUUAUGUUCUUGUGGCAAAAAUCUCAGAUGAUGAGAACAGCCACUUGGUCAGAAAACAGAAAGCUUUCAUUGAAACUUUAAAGAAGAAAUUAAACAUACAUAAAUUUAGAGAUGAUGAUGAUAACAAGGUGUUUUAUUGCAUCAGAGCACCAGAAAAGAUUUUUGAGACAUACCGGUAUCUCUUGAAAGUGUCUGACGCCUGUAACUGGAGCUGUGAGCAGCAGGGUACUAUACCUCAGUCAACCAGGAUUCGUAUUGUGGAUUUCAUUCUGCAUCACACACACAUUGAUUCAGAGGAGGGUGUUUCAGAAUAUCUGCCAGAUCUCAUGAAAAAAAAUGUUUUUGAGACUCACUUUUGUUUACAUGAGAAAAGGGAGCAGAAAGAACUGAAGCAGAGCUGGGCUCGAUGGUCUGCUUGUUUCAGAGGGCAACCCAUCACUAAUGUCAGAAACUACCUUGGUGAGAAUGUGGCUCUGUAUUUCCUAUGGCUGGGUUGGUACACAUUUCUCUUGAUUCCUGCUUCUGUAAUUGGUCUCGUGGUGUUCCUGUAUGGCCUGGCCUUUUACAGCACAAGUCCUCUCAUAAAGGAGGUGUGCCAGUCAAACGUAAUUAUGUGCCCUCUGUGUGAUAAUACAUGCAGAGUAUGGGAGCUUUCUGACACCUGCAUGUAUGCAAAGGUGAGCCUUCUGUUUGAUAAUGAGGGAACAGUAGCAUUCGCCAUGUUCAUGGCAGUGUGGGCCACUGUGUUUCUGGAGUUCUGGAAGUGCCACAGAUCAUCUUACGUGUCUGCAUGGAAGGUCUUUGACUGGUGUGAAGAAGAGGAGGAGUUGAUUCUGGAGAUUGUAAAUAAUGCACACUGUGAACCCAAGAUGCACAGGCACUCUUAUCUACGCUCCACUAUAGUACUAGUUUUAGUCACACUCAUGUUGCUGGUCAUCAUUGGUUUGACUCAUGUCCUGGUUGUGUCCCGAGUGAUCGCUACUGUGCUGCUGGCUGAAAACAGUACUUGGCAGGUCAUUACUGAGAACUCACAAACAGUUGCUGUGAUGCUCGGAGCAGUGCUUCACUACAUCACCAUCACCGUCAUGACUCGGGUCAAUUUUACAGUAGCCAGGAAGCUGAGUGAAAUAGAGAAUAAGCACUCCCAUGCUGCCGUUGAAAGGAGUUUCACAGUCAAGAUGUUCAUAUUCCAGUUCUUUACCAUGUUUUCCUCUCUCAUAUACACAGCUUUCUUUCUGGGAAGGAUCAAUGGUCACCCUGGAGGAUAUGUGAGGAUAUCUGGCAAAUGGAGACUGGAGGAGUGUCACCCAAGUGGCUGUCUCACAGAUUUGUUCAUUCAGCUGUCUAUUAUCAUGGUACUUAAACAGACCUUCAACAAUAUCUUUGAAUAUUCUGGUCCCUGGUUUAGUCGGUGGUUGAAGAGGAAAAAGGCCCAGAAGUUUAGGAGACGGUGUGUCAAAUGCUUUAAGAAGGAGGCUAUGAAUACCAAGGAAGGAUCCGAACUCUGUGAGAACUGCAAACUCGAAGACCUCCACAGAAACUACAGCCUGAUUAAAACGGAUCGCUUCAGCCUCUUUAAUGAGUUCUUGGAAAUGGUGAUCCAGUUCAGUUUUACUACUAUCUUUGUAGCAGCAUUUCCUUUGGCUCCUUUGUUAGCUCUUCUAAACAACAUCAUUGAGAUCCGAUUGGAUGCCAUUAAGAUGGUGAGCCUUGAGCGCAGACUAGUGCCAAUGAAGGCCAAUGAUAUUGGUGUUUGGACGGAUGUGCUUGAGGCGAUUGGUGUGCUUGCAGUCAUUGCUAAUGGUCUGGUCAUUGGUAUAUCCUCUGAUUUCAUUCCACGACUGGUUUACCAGUACUUCUAUGGGCCUUGUGCCAGCGGCAGUGCUACUGGCAUUGACUGUAUGGUUGGAUACAUAAACAACACUCUGUCCAUUGCUAAUGUAAGUGAUGAGAGAGUCAGGGAAGAUUUCACAAGUAGUCAAAUGGUGACUUACAGUGGUAUCAAUGUGACACACUGCAGCUACAGGGACUACAGAAGUAAUGAAGACUUUAGUUUAACUAAUCAGUAUUGGGUCAUUCUGGCGGCGCGAUUAGUCUUCAUCAUUCUGUUUGAGCAUGUAGUGGUGAUCUUUAAGUGUGUAGCGAGCUGGUUUGUCCCUACCUCACCCCUGGAUGUGACAAAUGAAAGACUGUAUGAUAAACUCAGGAGACUUAAGGAAGAAUUGAGAGUUCAAAGAGCACAACAGGACCCUUUAAACGAGAAACUAAAUGGGAAUGGAAUAGAAAAAAGAACAUCUAACCAGAAAAAAGCAAAUAAGCUAAAUAGUAUGUGAGACAAACAAGCUAAAAUGAGAUGCCUCCUUGUAAAAUUCUUAGGUCUUCGUUCUAGAAGCCUCUGCAUUUCGACUGUUGCUAGUCACCUUUAUAAAAAAAAAAAAAAAGGUUUUACAUUUUAAAGGGUGGUUACAUUUUUAAUUGUUUAUUGCAUCUCACAGUUUGUGGAUUAAUGACUUCUUGAUGAAUCAGUUUUGUCUAACAUAUAUAAAGAUGUAUACACUGCAGUCCAAAGUUUUGGUACGAGUCUGUAAGGUUUUUUUUUUUUUUUUUUUUUUAAGAAAUAUCUUACAAAGGCUGCAAUUAUUUGAUCAAAAUACAGUAAAAACAUCACCAAGUGAUGUAAAAUUGCCACUAAAAUAGAGUAAAAUUGUGAAAUAUUAUUACAACUUAAAUUAACUUUCUUCUAUUUUAAUACAUUUUAAAAUGUACUUUAUUCCUGUGAUGGCAAGCUGAACUCCAGCAGCCUUACUCCAGUCUUCAGUGUCAAUAUAAAAGUCUUUACUGUCACUUUUGAUCAAUUUAGUGCAUCCUUGCUGAAUAAAGUAUUCAUUUAUUUCAAAUCAAUCAAUCUUAUUGACCCAAAACUUUAGGUAGUGUAAAUAUGUAAAUGUAAUUAUUUUGGUUAACUUUGUUAGUUGCACACUUUGUAUAUAAUUUUGUAUUUUUUUUUAGCAAGUAAACCUGUUUGUUUGUUUUUGUUGUUGUUGUUUUUAUAAGAUGUUUAUACAGUAUAAAAGAAAUAUGUAUUAUAUUCAUGCUAAAUGGCCUGAAUAAUAAAAUAAAAAAAAUCUAUUAUUUUGUUAAAAAAAAAAAAAUAUGAAUGUAAUGAAAGUGUUGUGGUUUCUGUUGUCCAAAAUGUAAUUGAAUAAAAUGAAUGAAGUCGA